AUGCAUAGGAAAAAGGCAGCAGAUUUAUCGAUCAGAUGCUGUCAGUUGACACGCCCCAGUUUGGACAAAGGCAAUGUCGAGUGCAGAAAAAGCCUUAACUUGCCGACCCACCGAAAAUUCAACUUUGCCGAACUCUAUACGAUUAAUAUGUGCAUUGAGGAGUGCAACUAUAUAAGCUCCGGCUAUAUUGAAAUCGAUCCACCCUAUCGACUGGAUUUGGCCAACGUUCGCAUCAAUCUGAAGACCAUUGCACCGCAGCCUCAAUUGGAAUCGAUUCCAUUCCUGGUGGAUGCCUAUAACAAGUGCGAGCUUUUCCGAUCGCUGCACGGCGGACGUUUCACUCUCCACCUGCCGGAUAUUGAGUUCAUCAAGGAGUCCUGCAAUCCUUUCGCUUUACAGCUCACUAUAUGCAUACGCAUUCAUGCCAUGCAAAAGUGUCCCAGCCAAUUUUUCGUGGACAGCGAGGAGUGUCGAUUGGCCAGGGAAUACUUUAGCCAGUGCGUUGGCGACAUUGAAGCCAAUCUCGCCUAGGAAUCAACCCGAAAUCUGCAAAAUUUC